UGGAGUAUCGGUGCCCCACUCCCAACUAAUCACAUAUAAAUGGAUGGCGACGUUUCCUGCCAGUCAGAGGUGUGCCAUCAACUGUGAAUCGCAGACAAUGACUGCACUACUGCUGUUGCCGAUACUGUAUGCGGGUGCUGUGGUGGGGGAACCCAGGUGCUCGCUGCCGCCUGCCUCUGACGAGGAGAUCCACAUCCCCACACAUAGGAGAAACUGGUACUUGCAGUUUCAGUAUGAAGAGCCACACAUCCAGCGACUGGGCUGCUAUGUCCUCACUCAUUCAUCUGGAGAAAACCCAUACGAAAUCAACAUCAACGGCAGUUUCAGCAGGCAGCCUGAUUUCCCUGUGUCAGCUAAAGUAGCAUUCAAAGGAAAUCUAAUGGUGAAAGCAUAUGCAGACAAAUGGGACAAAGAGUUUAGUGGAGAGUACAAUAUGGUGUAUGUAGACAAAGACAUUGGUAUUGAUCACUUCUGCUAUUUGGGAAAAGAAAUGGCCCAAAUCUUCACCACUGCUCAGCUUCUCGAGCGAAUCUGGAAGAUCGUUGACGAACACCCUGAAAUAGAAAAAUCAUUAUUCAAGGAAGUAAUAUGCUAA